CCCAACUUCCAUGGAAACUCUAGGGCCUCUCGACAUCUUUUUAUACAUUUAUUUAUUUUUUAAAACUAUUAUUUUCAUAACAUUGCUUUAAAGAAGUUUUUUUUUUUCCAUAUUUUUCUAAAAUAAUAGUAAAAAAGUUUUGAAAAUUAAUUUCCUUUUUCUCACUUUUUUUUCAAUGGAUAUCUAGACAAAAGAAAUUUUUUUUAUAAAUUUUUCUUCUCCUUUUCUUUUAUUUUUAAAAUUUUUUACUUUAUUUUUAUUUUUUUCUAACUUUCUGAAAAUUGUUAUAUAAGCAGCCAAACAAGACUUCUUCCUUCCAAGCACGCAGACCAUAUUCCACAAUAAUAUGAUAUAUUAUAGGAAACUUCUAUGGUGCUGAGGGAGGUACCAUACCUCAGAUUUUUUAUAGUCGUUGGAUGCAAGAGUUUAAAUCUCAGCCAUUGAAAAGAAAAAGAAAAAAAGGAAAAAGGAAAACUGGCUACCUGUUGUCUCCCCCUCUCAGGCCAUUUUCCCGUUUGUUCCCUCUUUCCCGUUUGUUCCCUCUCUUCCCUCAUUUUCUACCUGUUCUCUCCCCCUCUUAGCCCCUCUCUCUUCUCCUCCAUAGUCGAGCGUCUUCUCCUCUAGCUGUGUCUCGUGCUCUCGUCUCCAGCUGUGUCUCGUGCUCUCAUCUCCACACUCCUCCAUAGCCGAGCGUCUUCAGCCCCUCUCUUCUCCUCCAUAGCCGAGCAUCUUCUCCUCCAGCCGUGUCUCGUGCUCUCAUCUCCAGCUGUGUCUCGUGCUCUCAUCCCCACACUCCUCCAUAGGCGGCCGUCUUGUCCUCCAUAGUCGGUUGUGUCCCCGUGCUCUGAUCUCCACUCAUUCUCGACAGCCGAGUCUAGAAAUCCUAUCUUCGGAAGAAACGCAAGAGGCAAAUGCGAGACAAUGAAGAAAUGAGGGAAAGAAAGCACUGAAGAAGGAGAUAGAGACCCCUCUCACGAUUAAUCUUCAGUCGAGUUUCUGUUUUCUCCAUUUUUUAUCGAGUUUGCCGAUAUUUUCCUCUCUUCUCCAUACUCGACUCUUCUCAGGUAUCUCCAUCGACUGUUAUUUUCAGGUGCUUUAAGUUGUCUUUGUGUAUUGUUGGAUGUUUUUGUGUUAUUGGGUGUUUUCGGGUAAGAUAUUGUAGCUGUUCCGGGGGACAUCUUUUUGAGUUCUGGCUUUUUUAGUAUCCCCUUUGAUUAUGUCCAUAUUUAGUUUUCAUAUUUGGGGUUUUUUCGGGUUUUGAAGUAAAGAGUACGAUAUUCCCGCUCCCUCCCUCCUAUCCAUAACCCUUGUAUUUUGUUCAUAUUUUAUAUUUUGUUUAAGGGGUGUUUUUGGCUUUUAAAUUUCCUGGUUUGAAGACCCGAAUUGAAGACAUAGCUGGAAGAAAAAGAAGAAAAAAUGAGCGAACGCGAUGGACUUGAAGUUGUUAGAAAUCCAAAGAGGCCUAUCGGCGCUUGGAUACAUUACUAUAAUGAUCAAUUAGCCAUGAUGAAAGAGAAGGAUAAAGGAGUGAAGAUAAAUGAUGAUUUGAGGAAAAAAUUGGGCAAGAAGUGGAAUGCACUUUCAAAAGUAGAAAAAGAAAAUUUCAUGGCAAAGUCCAAAGAAAGUUCAAAACAAUAUUCACUUCAAAAGGGUGUAGUUCCAAAGUUAUAUCUUCAGACUCGAUGCUCCCCCGAGCGAGUUAUUAGAGUGAUUGAAAAUUUAGAACCAAAGCAAAAGGCAGCCAUAGAAGAAAUAGGAUUUGGUAGCCUCUUGCAACUUCGAUGUAGGAAAAUUGAUCAUGGGUUAUGUCUUUGGUUGAUAAAUAGUUUUAAUCCGAACACUUAUAUGUUACAGUUGUAUAAUACUUGUAUCAAAUUAUCCCCCAUUGAUGUUGAAUUCAUUAUGGGAUUGAGGGCAAGAGGGUUCAAGAUUGGCAUGAACAAAGAUGUUGGUCAUAAGAAUGAUUUAUGUAAAAAAUAUUGUGAUAAAAAAGGGCGAUUGCCAUUAGUGAUGUUAGAAAAUCAAAUUAGGGAGGAUAAAGAGGGUGGAAACGAUUUUAAAGUUCGUUUUGUAUUAUUUGUGUUGGGUGCAUUAUUGUGCCCAACAAUGAAGCUUUUUGUGAAUCGCUCUUUCUUACAUCUUGUGGAAGACAUCGAUUAAUUAAAGAAGAUGAAUUGGGCAGAAUUUGUGUUGUCCUAUCUUGUGCACGGGAUUGAAGAGUUUAAGAAGAAACAACAAAGUGGGGUUUACGGUUGCUUAUUGUUUUUAAUGUUAUUCUACCACGAGCAUAUAUCGUUUGAAGAGAAAUUCCUACCGCUAUAUACUCGACCUUCUCCUCGGAUUACUGCUUGGGGAGAUGAUGAAGUAUUGGAUAGGAAACGAAGAUUGAAAAAACUUGGUGGAUAUGCAAAUGAGAAUGUAAGUUAUAG